AUGAAGUUACAUCUAAAAAGUCCUGUUAUUGGUAAGUUGAAUGGAAAAAAAUUCGGAUUUUUAAUUUUCAAGAAAAAUAUCAAUUUCUAUACAUCUCAAAGUCAUUUUUACGCUAAUAGCUAACUCCAAAAAAAUUUCUGUAGCCGGAUUUUUUUUUCAAAAUUCAAUCAAAGUCCAAAGCACAGAAAGAUCCUGUGAUAAAAAAAGUACAAAAAAAUUUGCAUGGAAAAACAACGAAAUCGCUCAAAAAGUCCACCAUAAAGUUCAUUUCUCCAUAUUUUCUCGUUCAAAAUUUUUCCAAUCUCUUUUUACUUCAUAUAAAACAAAUUUUCUUCGAAUUUUCCAUGUUUUUUUCCACUCUAAACGGAUUUUCUCAGCCAUUUUUUUCCAAACAAGACUUGAAAAAACAAUAUUUUCAUUGAAAAAAGCUUCUUUUUCAGCUUAACUAUUCAAAUUCCUCAUUUUUGAAGGCUCCCAUUAAAAAGCUGUUCGAAAAAAAACCGCAGCAAGGUUGCUUGCUCCCGGUGAGGAUCGAACUCACGACCUUCAGAUUAUGAGACUGACGCGCUGCCUACUGCGCUACGGAAGCGGCCGGCGUUGUCAACCUGUUUCCUUGCAGAUACACCAUCCGCCUCAACGACGAGCCUCAAAACGUGCAUCUCGAGGAAUUUCGAAGACGACGACUGCAGCUGGCGUGAUUCCCGUGCGUAGUGACCCCUUAAGUGAUUUAAAAUGCAACAAUUUUUUUAGCACAGAAAGUGAAGGUGAAAGAAAAUUCCCGGAGUCCAGAGGUCGUUCAGAGCUUCCCUACUGAUGGGGUAUUUUAUUAAAAAAUGUUUUUAGGAUAAAAAAACAUUUUUUUAAAUUGAAGAUUUUACAAUCGAUAGACGGCGCUUUAUCAACAAAUGCACAGAGGCACGAAACAACCAUGGAAAUUUUCAUGCAGGUUGGUUGAAAUUAAACUUUUUAUUUUUUUAUUUCUAUUUUCUGAUAGGAAGCAUUAAAAAAAUUAUAAAAAUUCCAAGCAAAUGUUGAAAAACAUCAAAAAGAAAAAAAAACUCUUUUUGAGGCAUUUUGAUUACGGUGGCCAAGUCAAGUCCGCAAACACGCUCAACUGCAGAAAAACAUCAAAAUGAAGAAAAAUUUUUUUGGUUUUAAAAUGCAUAUUUCAAUCAGAAUUCACUGUUUUAUGUGUAAAAUCACCCAAAUUUCCGGAAUUUUGAUAUUUAGCGCGUUUUAAAGACGAAAUUGGAUGAAAAAUCCGAGCUUUUUUUCCUCAAAAAAAUAAAAAAAUCUUUAUUUUUUUAGAGCGUUAUUCCUUUCCUUCUAGCCGGCCUUGGUUCAAUAUCCGCCGGACUUUUACUAUCCUACGCCCAUCAAAAUUUCAAGCUACUCAGAGAAGGUAAUUAGUGAACUAAUUAAUUAAUUAGUAGGACCAAAAUUCCAGUUUCACUAUUCCUGGCGAUAAUGCCACCGCUACAGGGUAUGAAGGGCAACUUGGACAUGACUUUUUGCUCCAGGCUCAGUACAAUGGUAAAACAGCUAUUUCUUUCAGAGCAAGGCUGCCCUAUCGAACACUUCUACAGUAACCACUUCUUUCAGGCUCACAAAGGCGAUUUCGCACGUCCCGGUCAUUGUGAAGUCCUUCUUCGCAACAUCGCGCUGAUACAGGUUUGAAUGAAGGAUUUUUUUCGCCUAUGACGUCACUGGGAGCUGGGUGGACGACGUCAUGUCCAAUGUCAAUGACUUCAUACAUAAAAAAGUAUAACGUAAAUGUUUAGGAAUUUUUAUUUCUGUAAAAGCCUGUAUAUGGAUAUAUACAUAUAUAUAUAUAUAUAUAUAUAUAUAUAUAUAUAUAUAUAUAUAUAUAUGGCGUGACGUCAUUCUCCUGCUUUAAUGACGUCAUCAAUCUGAAAAAGUUCAUAAUGACGUCAUAAAAAUUGGCAAACCUAGCGGAUUUCAACCUGUAGCUGUUACGAGAAUAAUUGAAAUAGCAAAAAAAAAGCCAAAUUUGAGUCUGAUCAAAGUACAGUUCCGUUUUGUGGGACCUUUAAUGACGUCAUCGACAGAAUUUUCAAAAAAGAACGCGCUCGCUAAGAUUUGAGUGCCUAAAAAGCCUAAAGUCUUGUCCAAAAGAAGAAAUGAAAUUAGGAUUUUCUUGACCAAAGAAACAAGAAGUAUCACCCCCAACUUUGUUCAUAGGCUUUGAAAGCAUUUUUUUUAAGGACAUUUUCAGAAUCAGCGUAAAAAAAUUACAUCUAGGGAGGCUAGUCACUUUCGGAAGUCUCACUGUAAGCUGAGGAAAUUCCCUAGUCGGUAACCUUUUAACCCCCCUAGAAUUUCAACAUGAACAUUAUUCAUUUCAAAGCACGUUUCAAAACUCUGAAAUGUCAUUUUUGGCUUUUCAAAGUCGCGAAUGACGUCACUGAACUCAAGAACCCCCAAGGGCCAUUCUAGAAGCGUUAUGACGUCACCACCUCUCCAUGACGUCAUUUUUUCCUAGGGUCAAUCCGUGUUCGUGUGCCUGGUAGCCGACGCGAUCUCCUACGCCGUCAGUCAGCUCCAAAAAGAUGAAGUCAGCGCCAGCAGCGAGGAUUUUUUAUUCCUCGGCUGUGCCGCCGUCAUCGCCAUGGCCAUCAACUGCGGAAUCUCGACCUGUUGUGGGUUUUUUCAGAUCAUAAAUCAUUCAAAACAUGGGCAAAGAUGGAAAAAGUGGAAGAAGCCAUAAAAAUGUUCCUUCUCGGGUUGAUAAAGGCUCCCUUUUUGCUGCCUUUCUGCGGCCUUUCUGCACCCUUUUUGCUCCCUUUUGCUGCCUUUUUGCUCCCUUUUUGCUGCCUUUUUGUGACCUUUCUGCGACCUUUCUGCAGCCUUUUCGCACCCUUUUUGCUGCCUUUUUGCUGCCUUUUUGGUGCCUUUCUUCGACCUUUCUGCUGCCUUUUUGCUGCCUUUUUGCAGCCUUUUUGCAGCCAUUUUUGCUGCCUUUUCACAACCUUUUUGCAGCUUUUUGUGACCUUUCGGCAGCCUUUUUUGAGCCUCUCCAUUUUAACAGCCAUUAUCCACGAUUCCGACUUCGCCCCGCGAAUAACCUCAAUAAACUAUUAUUCAAAAAUCUCAUCUGCGUACUCUGUGACUACCGUAACCCUUCAAAAACCUGAUUGUCUCUCUUUCAACGAACAAAAAUCCCCAAGAGAUCGAAACUAAUCCGAAAACGCUCUAGCUGCGGACUCUAUGUCUACCGUAAUCCUUGCAAUUUUCAGCCCUGGUCCUUCUAAUCAUGCACGCCUGGCGGAAAGGCUACGACCCGGACAACAUUGUGACGCCGUUGGCGGCGAGUUUCGGCGACCUGCUGACGGUAGCCGUCAUGGUGAGAAGUGGUCACUCUAGGAGUUUAUCAGGAUCUGCUAUAGCUCCUCGUCUGCUACAUCAUCCGACCGUACACGGCCUUCAGUGUAGCCGUCCCGAUCGUCAUCCUCUGUUUUGCCGUCUCGACGACCUUCGGAUGGAUGUCAUUCGCUUGUUGGUGUUUUCUGAUACAGUAACCCGUUUUUGACUACCGUAACCUCGAUAUUCCUGUUGGAGUGUUCUUAUUCCACUACCGACUCCUUCAAAACUUACUCCUAGAUUUGGAGCGUUUGUUGCAGCUAGCAGUGUAGUUGCGGACUUUUCGACUACAGUAACUCUUAAAAUUUUCAUCUUCGGUUGCCUGUGGAAGUAUAGCGUCAUAAAAAGAAGACUCCCCCUCAAUACAGCGAUUGCGGACUUUAGGACUACCGUAAUCCUUUGAAAUUCUGAUUUUAACUGAUUUGACGGCCUAAAAUCCUCUUUAGACCCAAUAGACAGAAAAUUAGCUCGAAAAUUGCCCAAUAACCUAAUUGCGGACUUUAAGGCUACCGUAACCCUUCCUAAUUCCAAGUUACACUGAUUCGACGACCCAAAAUCAUCUGAAAUAAUCUCUGAAAGCUAUCAAAAUUAUUCCGAAAAUCACUCAAGGAUCUAAUUGCGGACUCUUUGACUACCGUAACUCUUCAAAAUUCUGACUUCUACUGAUUUGACGGCCAUAAGUCCUCUUUAAACACCCAAUGAACAGAAAAUUAGUUCGAAAAUUGCCCAACACUGUUGUUGCGGACUUUCUCACUACAGUAACUUUCAAAAUUCUAACUUUAACCAAUCUGAUGGCCUAAAAUCCUUUUUAAAAACCCAAUUGACAAAAAAUUAAAUCAAAAAUUGACCAAUACUUUAACUGCGGACUCUCUGACUACCGUAAUCCUUUAAAAUCCUAUUUUUAUUCAACUUGAAGGCCGGAAGCCUCCUCAAAAAAAAAAAACCAACGAACCGAAUUUAUCUCAAGAAAUUACUCAAUACUCUGAUUGCGGACUUUCUGAUUACCGUAACCCUUUCAAAUUGCCAGGGAAAGACGAAGGAGCCGCUCUGGUAGGUCGUCAACAAUGGAUAACCCUUCUGGUGGCGGCUUCGAUAUCUUGGUAAUCUUUUUUUCGCUCUGAACCUUCUAGUGAUCACUCUAGUGUCGCCGGGUACCUACAAAGCCACGCAGCGAGGAAAUUCCCGAACUAUCCGGCCUAUCAGACUUUGAUAUCGGGUAAAAAAAUUCGAAAAAAAAUUGAGAUGACUUUACAUUUUCAGGCCAAACGGGGAACCGCUGCGCAGUGCACGCCUCGCGGAUUUCGUCCUAUUUGUCGCUGAAUAAUCGGUCCGAGUUGCCUUUGAAAAAGCGCAUGUCGCCGUAUGGAUACUACACGUCUUGCAGUGGGUUUUGGAGGAUACAGAUUUUUUUAUCAUAGGGGGGCAAAAAGUUGAUCACAAUUGCGGCUAUCUUUUUUUCUAGACUAUCUUAAAAAAAUUUUUGAUUUUUUUGGAAAAAGUCGCGCCGACGGACACAACACGCAAAACACGAAAAAAAAAAUUACCGACAAAAAAAUCGUUCGCAGCGAGUGGGCGGAGCUUUGCGGUUCCAACUAUGACUAGCUUUUGACGCAAAAAAGGCGUGGCCUGUCAUCAAUCAAGCACUGUCUCUUUUCUUAUCGUGUCGGGACCUUUUAUUUGAUAACUCAAGCCAGCCGUGGAUCAGCUAUAGUCUGUGUGCCACGACUUGGAAUUUCACCAAACGACAUUCCGCUGUGCCGCUGCGCGCCUGUGCGAACCUUGGUCGCGCUUUUAAUUUUUUUUUUGUCAAGGUACUCUACUUUCAUGUGCUCCCUCAGCAAUAACAAUCAAUUGAAAACGUGACCUAGAUUCGAAAGACGCUUCGCGAAUGCACGAAGCGGAAUGUCGUUCCGUGAAAUUUCAAGUCAUGGAACACAGACUAUAUAACUUCGAUUUUUACCGGCUACGAGAGCGCGACGGCACGUCUCCUGCUUCUGUGCGCGGUCCCCUUCCAACUGAUCUUCGUUGGCGUCUCCUUCUGCGUCUCGACCCUCAUCAGCCAACCCACCGAGUCCAGCUACAAGUUCUUUUUUGGCUACGCCUUGGCCGUCUUUUGCCAUGUUCGUUCCGCUUCCCGAAAAAGACUCGAAUUCUCGCUUUCAGAUGUCGAUCAUGCUGUUCAUGACGCAGGGGCUGGUCAACAUGCUCUGGUGGUUGGGACUGGACCCGGACGUGCACGCGAUUCCGCUCCUGACGGCUUUCGCCGACGUCCUCGGCGGGAUCAGCCUCUACACACUCUUCUUCGUCGUCAACCACUUUUGGGAGGGGUCAGUGAAAGUUCUCCUGUUUUUACACUAGGAAAGAUACCGAGUCGGCUCAGAAUUUGUUCCCGAAUGACGUCAUCAGAAGUAAAAUGACUUCAUUCGGGAACGCUCUAUGAUUGGUUUCUCGCGCCAUUAGGGGCGGAGCUUGAGCUACAAGUUGAGAUUUAAAAUUGGAACAGGCUAUGAAAGCGAUGUCGUACCUCAGAGUCUGCGAUGUCGCUACCGUUUACUGACUACAUCGCAAAAACGACCUCAAAACUUGGCUCUUCCGUUGCUACUGCCGAUGACCCGCUGUUUUUUCCCGAUUCGGGUGAUACGCGGGACCUAAUCGGGCGCUCGGCGCUUGAUUUUCGCGAUUUUCCGACUGCGAGAGAAAUGCGAUGUCGCGCGCGGACAGAGCGACACGUUUGCGAUGUCGCUCAGAGCGUGAUUUUGGCGUUUGCGUAGAUACGCUGGACAUGGGAGGACUGCGCAGCUGGGACUUGAGGGACUCUAAGAUCAAACUACACUGAAGAUAUGGAAUGCGCGGCUGAAAAUUGCGUUUCGGGUGAUCGUCUGGAUCCGCGCGUGCUACCAAUCAACAUGACUGCUCGCAUUUCUCAUGGCGCGAUAUCGCUUUUCGGUGCGAGAGAAACGCGAUGUCGUGCCUGGAAAAACGCGAUGUCGCGCGGCGGCAGUGCGAGAUUUUUGCGAUGUCGCAAAUCUCAUUUUCGCGCUGAACUAGGCGGUUAUCUUCAGUGUAGUCUGGUCCUAGAGCCCCUAAAGCUCAAGUAGUCCCUAUAGUGGUGUUUUUAGCCUGUCCCCUAGAGCGGCCACUAACUAAAACUUGGGUUUUUCCUUCUCAUUCAAUUUUUUUUAAGGUCCGUCGUCUACAAGAAGCCGACGUGA